AUGGCGACAUCGGCAACGAAGUCGUCAACGUCGAAAAUUCCACCAGCAGCUGGAAGCGGGUGGACAGGGGGGUCCGCUGUGUCUGCCGGUGGGGGUCGUGGGCUUGCGCCGGCGUUGAAGGAACCACUGAGAGUCAUCGCGCACAUCGAUAUGGAUGCCUUCUACGCUCAGAUAGAGCAGCUCCGAGACGCCGCCUUGACGGGCAGGCCCGUCGUGGUGGUUCAGUACCCAACAUCUAAUCACGACAUCAAGGAUAUGGCGCCGGACGACAACCGCGUGGUGGAAGGUUCUGCUAGCUCCAUCAUCGCCGUCAGCUACGAGGCUCGUCCUUUCGGGGUGAAGCGCGGCAUGAAGGCCGGUGACGCUCGCAAGGUUUGCCCAGAGCUGUCCCUGGUCCAGGUGCCCACUCGCAACGGCAAGGCGGACAUCUCGUUCUACAGACACGCGGGCGAGAGAGUGGUGGCCGUCCUCGAGCGCGCGGGGGGUGCGUUAACCACCGUCGAAAAGGCCUCGAUCGACGAGGUUUACGUCGACGUUACGCGUGCUGCGCACGCUCUCCUGUCGAGUCUUGGCAGCCACAACAGCGAGAGCGGCGGCGAUCAGCCGCAGCAGCAUCAGCAGCAGGAUGAGGACGGGAAAGGUGCAAGCGCUGAAGAGGGAAGCAAAGCCCCGCCAGCAGCGUCGCCGAUGGAGGAUGGGGAGGUCAGUAAGAAGCGAUGGGAGGACAUCGGUGAGGGGGGGUGGACUGCCGUCUUGUCGGCAACUGCAACCACUCAUGUUGCCGGCUUGAGCGACGACCAUGCAUCAAAGGAGCAGCAGCUCGCUGAUGGGGUUUCCUGGUGGGCCAGGACUCAGGAGGCGUUCACGCGAGACCAGGAGCUCCUCAGCUGCGGCGCGGCGGUGGUUUCGAGGCUCAGGGCCGCCGUGCGUUCCGAGCUGGGCUACUCCUGUACCGCAGGAGUGGCCCACAACAAGCUCCUGGCCAAGCUGUGCAGCAACAUGCACAAGCCAAACGCCCAGACCGUGCUACCUCUGGACAAGGUGGAGGUCGUGUUUCACACGCUGCCUGUGGAGAGGGUCAGGGGCUGGGGCGGAAAGUUCGGGGUGAAGAUGAUGGAAAAACUCGGGGUUUCGACUGCGGGAGAAGUGGCCGCCGUCGGCGCUGCCGAGCUCCAGCGAGUCCUGGGAGACGAGGAGGGCUGGAGGGCGUGGGAGAAGUCGAACGCCAUCUGCAGGGACCCCGUGAAUGCGCGGUCGGCCCCCAAGAGCGUCGGCUGCUCCAAGACGUUUCCUGGGAAGACCAAGCUGACAUCCUUCUCCGAGAUUGAGCGGUGGCUGUCGGAGCUAUCGAAGGAGCUGAUCUCGCGACUCGUCGAGCAGCAGGAGGGUGAGGGGCAGACGCCCAGCAAGCUUACCGUCAGCUUCGCUGCACUUCAACAGGCCCCGAGACUCACGAUGCUUGGCGUUUCCGCCCACGGCUUCGCGGACUCCCGCAAGGACACCCGGAGCAUCCAGUCCUUCUUCGGCGCCGCCCCAGCCGCCGCGGCUCUCGAACCCAGCUCCUCAGAAGAAGUUCCACGUCGCGGGGGCACCGCAAAUCUAUCCUCAUCGGCUUGGUACCCUCGUGCCACGGAUGCAGGCAGGGGCCGGCGAUGCGGGGUCGACGAGGCAGGACGAGCCCGCCCGACGGGCAACGCGUUGGGGUUUCCUAAAGCGACGGCGGCGGUAGCAGUGGAGGAGGAGGCUCGAGCGGCGGGGGGUUGUAAACGACCACGACCGCCGGAGGAGGAUGCCGCCGAGGCGGGGGGAGCAGACGGCGCUUUGCGUGCCGGGCGGGAUGUAGAUGGUGGUGGUGAAGGCGACCGCGCCGCGACGGAUGGUGGGUCGUCCAGCGUAGACUUCUGGGAAAUGUCCGCGGCGGAGGACGAAAGGCGAAGAGAGGGGGGGGAAGGCGGCGGGGAUCAUGCGCCGGCACUGCGCGAAGGGCAGUACCGACGAGAUCGAGGCCGGGAGAGGGAGGACGACGAGGGAUAUCGAAAGGAGGGCGACGACGACGCUGUCCCGCUACACGUCGUCGCACCUCGGGAGAUCAACACCGCGCAGAUCUGCGAGGGGCAAGGAAAGCGUUGCCGCGAAGAGGAAGCAGCAGCAGCAGCAGCAGCGCCCCGCUCCGUCGAUGCCAGGAUGGCGGGAAGAGAGGGAGACCCGGCGGGGGUCAAAGAAGGCCGGCACGACACGGUCGUCGGGCGAGCGGGGCUAGAGGAACGGUUGGGGUUGUCUCCCGCCACCGCCGCCGCCGCCGCCGCCGCCCAUGCGGCCGAUGCCGCGGACGGGAUCGGCGACGAGCGCUUUCACGGGGAUGGUGGUGGCGGUGCGGAAGCCAGCAGCGGGCAUCGCCCGUUGUUCGGCAGGGGAGGGUCUUCGGGCGUUUUUGGAGAGGUCGACCCGGCGGUUCUGGCGGAGCUUCCUCCGGAUAUACAGAGGGAGAUCUGGAUGCAGCAGGGAAGACAUUUUUGAGCCACCUUUGGCAAAGUAGGAGGAACCAUUGGCCAUCGGUGAUCGGUCCUGUGGGAACAAUGCUCCGUCCUCUCGAGGACGCGUGGUCAAUGGUCUAACCGCUAAGGCAUGCAAAUCGUAAGAGUACACCCCCCC